GAUCUCUUUCGUCUCUUUUGUUUCCUACUAUUCUCUGCUGUUUCUUGCCAUGGGCGAGGUCAUUCACACAGUGUUUACAUUUCUAAUCGCCUAGAUUUAUCAAUCAAAGAUUUCAAGCUAAAUGUCGCGACUUUCAUAGUACCUCGCUAGUAAAAGAACUGGAAUCGAAAAUAACAACAAAAUGGCCCUCCCAGAGAAAGCCUUCCAGUAUUUCUCGUCAAUCAAUACGAUGGCGAAUCGACUCUGCAUCGACCUAAACGAAGCAACAAAACUAAACAAGAAUAUCCUCGAAAAUCUCCCUCUGGAUGAACAGCAACAGCUACUCCACGAUGCGAUCGUUACGCCUCAAGUGUUAAUGAAGUAUCCUCAGCAGCAAGAUGCAAAUGAGAGCCCUACAAAGUAUGCUGUCAAGAUGAUUGUUGAUGAUCACUACAGCUAUCGUGAUGAACACUCUGGACCCUUCUCAUUUCACACAGCCAGUCAAAGAGAGUUAAGCUGUGUGACAAGAAAAAAACAUGCUAAAAAGCCUGCACCCAAGUACAAGGCUCCAGCACCACCUGUGCCACCUGUAAAAGCUCUAAAAACUGUGAUUACUGCUGAAGUUGAUGAGAAUAAUGAAGAGGUUUUGAGAGCUGAGCAAAUUGAGGUGAGGGUGGACUUUGAUAGACAGCUGGUUGAGGAUAUUGAUGACAUUGAUGGUUUAUCCAGUUUGAUUCCAAAGACUGGACUAGAUUUACUUGAUAAUUGGUAAAUUAUUGGUGAUUCUGCUUUUGCAUUCAUGCAGCAAUCAGUUUUAUAGUGGUAUGAUUUAUUUAUUGUUUUUAUUUGAUGUUUACUGAAUUUAUAUGUCCAAAGAUGUUUAUACUAUAAAUGAAGCACAUUUGUAUUAGUAUAGGGUUUGUAGUAACAUAAUAUAUUUAUAAAAUAUGUAAAGAAAA